GCUUUGGCGGCUCCUCGCCGAAACGGUCCGGGCGGCCUGUGACGACGUUACUUGCAGGCCUCCCUCAGCAGGCGCUCCUUUCGCGCCCUCGCCAGGCUCGGCGUGGCCUGAGAAGAAAAGGCGGGCAAGCCCCACGGGGAGGAGCCCCGUCCCUCGUCCGCCUUCUUCGGCAGGAAACGCCGCCGUCGACUGCUCCGGAAGCCCCCGAGUCGGAGGAGGAACUCGGCCUUGGCGAUGUAAACAGAAACGGGCUCCGAGGGGACUUGCCUGUGGAGUCCGCGGGGGGUGAGGAAAACGAGGCAGGGCCUCAUUCCCGGCGGCUGCUGCUGCUGCUCCUGCCGCCGCCAUCAUGGGGAAGUCGUUUGCCAACUUCAUGUGCAAGAAAGACUUUCAUCCUGCCUCCAAAUCUAACAUCAAAAAGGUAUGGAUGGCAGAACAGAAGAUAUCUUAUGACAAGAAGAAACAGGAAGAGUUAAUGCAACAAUACCUUAAAGAGCAGGAAUCAUAUGACAACAGAUUGCUUAUGGGUGAUGAACGUGUGAAGAACGGUCUAAAUUUUAUGUAUGAAGCACCACCAGGAGCAAAGAAGGGUAAUUGUUGUCCUCUAAUUGGAGAAACAGAGUACAAAUUUGAAUGGCAGAAGGUAGCGCCACGUGAAAAAUAUGCUAAGGAUGACAUGAACAUUAGAGAUCAGCCAUUUGGUAUCCAGGUGCGGAACGUGAGAUGCAUCAAAUGUCACAAGUGGGGCCAUGUAAAUACGGAUCGAGAGUGUCCCUUGUUUGGUCUCUCUGGGAUUAAUGCAAGCUCAGUUUCCAGUGAUGGAUCAGGGCCAUCAAUGCACCCCUCGGAGCUAAUAGCGGAGAUGAGAAACAGUGGGUUUGCACUGAAACAAAAUGUACUGGGGAGAAACUUGACCGCAAAUGAUCCAUCACAGGAAUUUGUUGCAAGUGAAGGAGAAGAUGACCCAGAAGUGGAAUUUUUAAAGUCCUUGACGACUAAACAGAAACAAAAACUUUUGAGGAAACUGGACCGCCUGGAGAAAAAGAAGAAGAAAAAGAAGAAGGACCGGAAGAAAAAAAAGCAGCAGAAGAGAAAAAGUAAACACAGGAAACAUAAGAGCAGAUGCUCUUCCCCAUCCUCCAGUGAGUCUUCCCUGAGCAGCAGCAGUGGAGAGACUGACAGCCCAGAUAAAGUGGCACAAAAGAAGAUGGAUUCUAAGGCAAGAAGAAAAGGCAAGUUUUCAGAGGCUAGCAGCAGUGACUCUGAAGGGGAGGCGAAGACGAAGGGGAAACUUUACGGUGAGCGCUCCAGCAGUCAUGGUAACAAGGACAAAGGUAGGGAGAAGUGUAGACUUUUAAAGCGAGAGAGUUCUGGGGAGAACAACAAACGGAGCUCCCGGGAGAGUAGAAGAGAGCCCACGAGCAGAAAUGACAACGGCACAGACAAGAGAAGGGAAUCUGAAAGUCACAGGAGCGCAAGCAGAAGCUGGGAGGAGAGGAGCGGGAGAGGUUCUCAUGCAAGGCACCGAAGCCACAGCCCCCCAACGGAGUGGCACGAGAGAUACAAAACCGAAAGCUGCCACUUGGGCCUUUCCAGAGAGCAGCGCAAACGCAGGGACUGUGAGAGAGAGGAGUCCGUGAAAAGGGAGCCGAGAGAGAGAAGCCGGAGCAGAGAGAGGAAAAAAUAGAUCAUGUGGGAGGCAGAAGCAACCUCUCGUCUCCUCUGUUCCUUUUGUUGUUGAACACCUUUAGCGAAGGCUGCUGGCACUCUUCUCUAACGAAUUGGUUGUUUCCCAUAAAAUGCACUCACCUGCUUUCAGUAGCCCUGUAUAUUUUGUAAGGAUGUAGUAAACAAAAUGCAAGCUUUUUAACCUGAA